AUGUCGUCCACAACUCGCCCAGGCGUUCCUCCAGUGACUCUGGAUACCAUCACCCAGCAGAUCGGCAAUACCCCGUUGGUACGCUUGAACCGCCUUCCUAAGAGCCUGGGGAUCGAGGCAACAGUAUAUGCCAAGUGCGAAUACUUCAAUGCAGGAGGCAGCGUCAAGGACAGAAUUGCCCUUCGCAUGAUCGAAGAGGCCGAGAGAUCGGGCCGCAUCAAGCCCGGAGAUACUCUCAUCGAACCCACCAGUGGUAACACUGGUAUCGGGUUAGCUCUGGUCGGUGCCGUCAAAGGUUACAAAACCAUCAUCACCCUUCCUGAGAAGAUGUCCGCCGAAAAGGUGGCGGUACUACGAGCUUUGAAUGCCACCAUCAUCCGUACACCGAACGAGGCUGCGUACGACUCUCCCGAAUCCCACAUCGGCGUCGCCAAACGUCUGGAGAAGGAACUCCCCAACGCUCACAUCCUGGACCAAUAUGGCAACGUGAACAACCCAUUAGCGCAUGAACUCGGCACAGCCGAGGAGAUCUGGACUCAGACGGACGGCAAGAUCAGCGCUAUUGUCGCUGGCGCAGGAACCGGUGGCACAAUCACCGGUCUGGCCCGUGGUCUCAAGAAGCACAACCCUAAAGUUCAGGUCAUCGCGGCUGAUCCCUUUGGCUCCAUUCUGGCUGUGCCGGCCGCUCUGAACCAAGAACAUGCCAAUGAGCCUUAUAAGGUCGAGGGCAUCGGCUAUGAUUUCAUUCCGGAAGUGCUCGACCAGCAGGUCGUGGACAAGUGGUACAAGACUGGCGACAAGGAGUCUUUCAUGUAUGCCCGACGCUUGAUCGCCGAGGAGGGUCUUCUCGUCGGUGGAAGCAGUGGAAGUGCCAUCUCCGCCUUGGUGCAGGCCGCCAAACAUGGCGACUUUGGCAAGGACGAUAUAGUGGUUGUGGUUCUGCCUGAUAGCAUCCGGAGUUACCUCACAAAGUUUGCUGACGACGAUUGGCUCGCUGCAAACAAUCUCCUACCAUCAUUGUCUAGUGAAACUACGUUGGUGUCGGAGGAGGUCCAGCCUCAGAAGCCAAAGGAUCAGUUCACCGGCGCACAGGUGAAAUCGUUGAGACUGAAGCCCAUCACAACCGUCCAAUCCAACAUUCCUUGCGAGAGCGCGAUUGAGAUCAUGCGUGAUAAAGGCUUCGAUCAGCUUCCCGUUCUUGCGGCUUCGGGAAAGAAGCUCGUCGGCCUUGUUACUCUGGGCAAUGUCCUCAGUCGGCUGACUCACGGACGCGCCACGGGCAAGACCGCGGUCGCUGAUGUUAUGUUCGACUUCAGCAAGAUCUCUGAAGUGGUUACCGACCCCAGAGACCUCGGACUGUCGGAGGCCAAGCUCAGUGGCGAGCAGCAAAAGGAAAUCGAUGUCCUGCGGCCGCAAGCCAAAAACCGCAAGUUCAUGGAGAUUACCAUGGAUACGCCCUUGAGCGUCCUCAACCGAUUCUUCGAGUGGAACAGUGCUGCGGUUGUCACCGAGAGAGACGAGCACGGAGCGAUGAAGCCACUGGCGGUUGCGACCAAGGUUGAUCUACUCACCUGGAUGCUCCACAACCAGAACGAAUCUUGA